AUGGAACAAUCACGGGUUCAGUACGGGAGAAAGGGCAUUAAUCUGGGAAACAUCAUUGGUGAUCCCUUCGCCCUGGCCACAGUCUCCAUCUCCAUGCUUGCAUGGAUAAUCGCAUUCAUCAGCUCCAUCAUCGCCACAACGCAAGUCACGAAUAGCACAGGAUCCUUCCCCGCUUUCGCAUGGUGGACCGUUGUCUACAUGUUCUUCCUCAUUGCCGGUGUCUUCGUCGUCGUCGCAUCCGACACGACACAGACCUACCAUGUCGCCCUCACGGGAUACCUGGGCGCCGCCUUGGCUCUGAACUCGCUCACCAUCCACUCUCUCAUCUACUCCGCCAAUGGAGCUCGUCAGGCCGCUGGAGCUGGUUUCAUUUUGAUGGCAAUGGUUACCAUCGUCUGGAUCUUCUACUUCGGCUCAGCCCCCUCCGCCAAGCCGCGCGCUUACCUCGACUCCUUCGCGCUCCAGAAGGAGUCUGGAAACAGGCAGAUGAUGUACGGCGGCGGCCGUCCCGAGACCUCCACCUCGGUGCAGCCUCCUCAAAUGUACACUUCGGCGCAACUGAACGGAUUCGAGAACCCAUCCCCCGUCCAGGGCAUUUCCACCCAGCCUCGCGAGUCCGCCGUGGCACCAACAUUCAGCACCCCCGGUGCCGGCCCCCAAAAGACUCCUGAUCAGGAGGUGGUGCCACCAACCGAGUACCCGUACCGCGCGAAAGCCAUCUACAGCUACGAGGCCAACCCCGACGAUGCGAACGAGAUUUCCUUCUCCAAGCACGAGAUUCUGGAGGUCAGCGAUGUGAGCGGAAGGUGGUGGCAAGCACGCAAGGAGACUGGCGAGACGGGUAUUGCGCCCAGCAACUACCUGAUCCUGUUAUGA